UCUGUGAUCCUGGUAUCAAUCCGCCGUCUGAGCGGCUGAAAACACGCCGAACGAAGCGGAGACAGAAGCCGGUGAAGGGCCGGAGAAAAGCCCGUUUUCCGUGGUGGAGGAGCAGACAUGGCCGCCGAAGCUGUGGUCACGGUCCGUCUGGUGAGGUCCUUCCAACACAGAAACUUCAAACCCGUGGUUCUGCGAGGAGUCCGCCUGGACCAGACUGUGCAAGACUUCAUGCAGCUCGUCAGAGACGACAUUGCUACGAGAGCAGAACUGCCUCCUCCUUUCAGGAGAUAUGCUUACGACACCAUGAAGAUCAUCCAUCAAGCUCACGGAGCAAAGACUAAUGAGCUGGUGAUGAGUUUAGAGGACGAUGAAAAGCUGAUUCUGCGGGACGGACGAACCCUCAGAGCUGCUGGAGUCGCUAAUGAAACGGAGCUGGCCUUCUUCAGGAACCAAGACUACGGCUCGUUCAAAGCAAACCCCACAACUGUGUGGUGAGCCCAGACUGGACCCACAGAACCCAGAAACCAAACGGGAUCUUCACGUUACCACAGGGGGAAUGUUAGUUUGGGGAUUUCUUAGUUUUUGAACUGAAGCUUCUGAUGCUGCUGCAGCUUCUUAUUUGACUGUUGUUCUGUGAAGGGACCGUGGAGGGUCGUUGGUUGCAAACGUUUAGAAAUGUGUUGAAUAAACUGUGACUGGUGA